AUGGGCUCGUUUUUGCUCCUGAAAAAUUUAAAAGAGGUAUCUGAAGCUGAAUUUAUCGUUUGUGCUGUGGAUUCAAUUCAUUCUUUCUCGACGUUUCAUGAAAAUGAAAAUAAAGGUAUGUUUCUUGAUGUUUUAUUGUUCUUGGUUUAGGAACGGCGAUAUUGACAAGGUUUUCAAGCAAAUUGAUGUAGAACUUGUUGUUCUGGGUUUAUUGUACCUUUAGCAACAUUUUUUACAUUGAUUUAUGUCUAUUUAACUUGAGUAACUACAAGUUUUGUCAAAAUAUGUAAAGCCGAGAAACGGCUGGAGUUUUUUACAUUGUUUUGAUAAGAAAAAGGGGUGUUUCUCGGAGGUUAAUGUUAUUUUUCAGGAACAGCUAUAUUGCAUGUAAUCGACAAAUCUGUGAAUGAACCGGUCGAGUGUUGGUUGAUGCACGAUGCAGAGAAUCCGUUCUAUGGCGGGAUAUGUGUUGGAAUGGUUUUGUGUCUUCACAAUGUUACAAUCGAUGUGAGUUUAACACUUUGUCUUUGAAAGUUUAUAAUGAAGUAACUUGAGGUUUUCAUUGUGAAAAUAGUGUUAAAUUAGAUUUUUUAUGUCUUGACUAUUUAAAAGUUAGUGCAAUUAGUGUUUUCUGCUUUUUAUUACAUUGGAAAUGGCAUCUUUUAUCAUGAACAAGCGAAAAUCUAUGGAAAAACUCAAUGUUUUUAGUUUCUAAGACUGAUUUUUUUAUAAUUUAUGAUUUUAGCAUGUAAAUGAAAAGCCAGUGAUUAUUGUGGAUCCAGUAGAAGAUAUAAUGUGCAGAUGUUAUGGUUUUACAUUGCUUCAAAAUGAGUUAAACUGUAUCUUGUGUUAUACUAACGUCAAUCGACUGGAGAAGGUGAUAUGUUCUGGUGAAGAGAAAAGAGUUAGUUUUUACUUAUUUUCUUGAUCUUCAGGUGACAGGAACAUUCCUAGUUCAAAAAAUUGGUUGACAAUUCAAAAUUUUACUUUACAGAUGCGUGGAGUUCGUCAAUUUCUCAACGACACCAAGCCCAAUAUUGUAGUAGAUGUUAAACGGACACUGUUCGUUGUGGAAGUUCGUGAAUACGAUCAGUUUCUAAAAUCACGUCGGGGAAUUAAAAGAAGAAACGAAAUUGAUCCGGAGAUUUCUGAAAUGUUGAGUGACGAUGAUGAUAUUAUUCAUGUUGAUGUAAAGGAAGAACAAUCAACUAACAAUGAAAAUGUGGAUCCAUUUUUGUCAUUUAAUCAAACUGAAGUUGUACAAGUACCUGUAGAAAGACGGCCAAGACCACAAUAUGAGUUUAACAUGCAGUUGACUCUGUUAUGCAACACUAUUUCUUGUAGAUACUAUAAUAUCGCUUGUCAGGUAAGGUUUUGGCUUAAAGAUGAGGGGAAUAGACAUUGCUUUUUGAAAUUAAUGGCGAGAUGUAGGUAAUAUAGGUUAUUUUGAGUAUGUCGAGACAAGAUAUUGAUAAUUUUUUUAAAGUUAAUGGUCUACAAUAUAAGAAAACAAGGUUGGGCUUUGUUGAUGAUGGAUAAUAUAAUUUAUUGAUUUAGAUUGUCGGAGUUUACCAACGAGGUGCAUCGACUGUUUUGAGAGUUACAGAUGGUACGGUGGUUAAACGGUAGGUUUAUUUUUGAAAUUUAACAUUAGUAAUGCUCGUUUUCCUAUCGGUAUGUGGCAUUCUUUUCGCUAUAACUUUUUUUUUCUGAAACAGCUUUGAAACUAUGUUAGGACGAGGUGAUUUGUUUUUUCAACUGGUCGAUAAAAGGAAUUUUCAUAAUUUACAUUGAAUUUGAAGUUACAGUAAUUUUACCGUAACCCAUCGUUUCGAAAUUUGAAAAUUUUAAUGAUUUUUUAAUAUUUUAGAGAAUUGAUUAGUGCUGUGGGAUUUGAAACUGAAGGCACGUUGAGUAAGGAGCUGGCCGACAGGUUCGCAGACAGAACAUACGACAUUGAUGUCUAUGAUGAAUAUACAGAACAGGCCAAACUUUUCGCUGUAAGUUUAUUUUACUAUACUUUCAAUUUUUCUUAUCUAAAAUAUAAGUUUGGUGGUCUUUUUAAGCUGGGUUUAAUAUAUAGAUGUUCAAGCUCUUAUUUUAGCCAAACGACUUGGUGGUUGUGGUCAAUGUUCAUACCUACAUAAAUCAGAAGAACGGCGAAAUGCUGACGUUGCACAGGAACGGCGGCAGAUUUAAUCGCGGAAUAUACGAAUUGAAGGCUGAUUCUAACAUUGGCAUGGCUUUAUUGAGGCAAGUUUUUAAAGAUUUGAUUUUUUUAAAAAUUUUUGGGUUUGCACUGUGCAGGAUUAAUAAAAUUUAAACUUUUAAUGAUUUUAAGGUCUAAAAUAUUAAAAUUUGACUUUUUGGAUUGAAUUUAGCUUUGGAAUUGUAAAAUUUUGAAAUUUCAGGAAUCUGGCCAAUCCUCCACCAUCAACUCAACGUCUACGAUAA